AUGAGUAUUGAAGACAUAACUGGAAACUGGAUCGGUCCUGAAUCUUCGCUUCCUACAGCGUCUCUUCCUUACGCAGGGGAAUAUGUCUACGACGAAGAAGAGCAGAAGCUGGUUGACGACCGCCUCCGCUGCACGCUCGCCUGCUGGGACUUCACUGCCGCUAUGGAGAGCAGGUCUGUCACGAUCGAAUCGCCCUGCGAUAUCGGAGCCGGAGUACUCAUCUGUGCCGGAGUACUCAUCUGUGCCGGGGUGCUCAUCUGCGCCGGUGUGCGCAUCGGUGCAGAAAGCAUCAUCCAGCCUGGGACCAUAGAUAUCGCGCCGGCCGCUUAG